CGGCUGGGCGUGUUUUGUCUUUGUGUAUGUGUUGUCCUGUCGGGCUCCUGUCCGCCCCAGUACAGCACGGCACGGCACGGCACUGCUCAGCGUCACAGACACGUACCGAGAGAGAGGGAGGGAGGGACGGUGAGCCGCAUCAGCGCUGCCGCUGCGCACAAAACAAACCAUCACACACACACACACAAAUACAAACACACCCCGGUCCGGUUGGAUUUACUGUGGCGUCUGCUGCAGCUGCACGGAGGUGGGCUGGAGCCGCUGCAACACGGAGGUCAGGAGCGAGAGGAUAGUCCGCGGAGGCAGGGACCGACCACCGGGACCCCGCCCGGCUGCAGCGCUGGAGCUCACCGACGGCCGCAGCUGAGGUCCAGAGAUGCCAACCGGGGAGAUGAGGGAAGACCUGCCUGAUAAAGAGUGAAUGAAAAAAGGACAAAGUACAGGAAAGCGCACAAAAAGAGCAAGAGACAAACAAAUCGGACAAAGAAGAAAGCGAAACAGAAGGAGGAGAAAUGGGAAGGUUGUGGAUGUGAGGAGCUCCAUGAAAGAGGAGCAACUCGGAUAGAAACAGGAAGUGUUACAGGGAGGAAAAAGCACACUGUCCUGCAAAAGGUUGAAAGUGAAAGAGAGGAAGCCACACAGGACAAAGAAGCUGGGAGCUUUAGAACGGCAGGAACGGAAAGCCAGGGAGUGAAGAAACAUCUGGAUGGUCUCCACGGGGACGGUGCCGCCCCUCAGAAGAUGGCCUCCAACUUCAAUGACAUCGUCAAGCAGGGCUACGUACGCAUGCGCAGCCGCAAGCUGGGGAUCUAUCGGCGUUGCUGGCUGGUGUUCAAGAAAUCAUCCAGUAAAGGACCUCGUCGUCUGGAGAAAUACCCUGAUGAGAAGUCUGCCUACAUUAGAGCCUGUCCUAAGGUGACAGAGAUUAGCAACGUCAAGAAUGUCACACGGUUACCUCGAGACACCAAGCGGCAGGCGGUGGCCAUUGUCUUUACAGAUGACACCUCACGCACCUUCACCUGUGAAUCAGAGCUGGAGGCAGAGGACUGGUUCAAGACGCUGUCAAUCGAGUGUCUGGGUACACGGCUCAAUGACAUCAGUAUGGGAGAGCCUGACCUCCUGGCUGCUGGAGUGCAGUGUGAACACACAGAGCGUUUCAACGUGUUCCUCCUGCCCUGUCCCAACCUGGACAUCUAUGGGGAGUGCAUGAUGCAGAUCACCCAUGAGAACAUUUACCUGUGGGACAUUCACAACCCUCGCACCAAGCUGGUCACCUGGCCGCUCUGCUCGCUGCGGCGCUACGGACGCGACGCCACCCGCUUCACCUUCGAAGCCGGACGAGACUCAACGAUUCCCACCAUAAGCAAACACUUGCAACAGCGGCAGCAGUGGAUGUGUGACAGCGGUGAAGGCCUCUACACCUUCCAGACCAGAGAGGGAGAGCAGAUCUACCAGAGGGUUCACUCCUCCACGCUGGCCAUAGCAGAGCAGCACAAGAAGGUCUUGUUGGAGAUGGAGAAAAACAGCAGGUUGAUGUCUGUGGGUUCAGAGCCUGGCUCCUACCCCUGCACCCCCACUGCCAUCCUGCCCCGAUCCGCCUACUGGCACCACAUCACUGGAAACCAGACCGGCAUGGAUCCUGGCAGCGGUGAUGCUGCAGAAGACGACCUGCUGUCCACCCGUCUGCCUCCCGAUCGCCAUGCCACGCUGCCUCUGGCAAACACACACGCACAGUCCCAACCACACAUACAUACACACUCCCCGACACACUACCCCACAUACCCUGGACAGUGACACACAUACACAAAAGAAGACAUGGACAUUGAAAUAGAAGCAGACAAAAAAACACACAUAACCGCAUGCAUGCAGGCACACACAGUUCAUUGAACAGAACACACACUCUCUGUCUUUAUAUUAGUUUUACAGCCCAACAUUACACCUCACAGGAGAUGGUGGAGGGAAAUUUUCUGAAUGCAGAAAGCAGGAUGUAAAAACUGAAUUCUGCAAAAGACUGUGACAAGAUUGGGCUUCCUUACAUCACUGCAGCUCCCACGAUUCCUCAGUAGACAGAGGACAUUUGGAGUUUCUUCACACACUUCCACAAUGAACCUCUGCCAGGCAGUAUGGCAUAUGUUGCCUUAUGAUUAAAAAAAGAUCGGAAAGCUGUCAGUUUGCUUUAAAAUACCCAGGUCGUGUUGUGUUUCCACCUGUGCCACCGUGGAAGGCGUGGUGAAAAGCCUUAGAGCUUAACUUGAUCGAUGUCCAUCAAAUACAUAUGAAUAUGACUUAUCAGUGUAUGUAUAUUUAUUAUUGGUAAAACUGACAUCACAUAAAAUUUUGUCUGUUCUGACAAAGACAAGUUUCAUGGAGAGAACACUGUAAUUUGGUCCUGAUGAGGGGAAAAAUGUAUUUCCUUUAAAAAGAUGUAAUUUCUUUUAAAAGAAAUGAAUCUAGUUAAUCAGAAAUAGAUAUUCAGAUAUAAUUCAUCCAUUAUGGGAAACUUUAUUUUCCAUACUUGUUGCUUUUUUAUUACUACAACUUCAAAAACAUGCAUCAAAAUCAGAUUUUGACUGACUUCACCUUUUCACCCCACCUUUGAAUGUGGCCUUUUGGAACAGGUACGAACACUUUUGCGAUGUGUUUGAUGACACAUCGUCUGACCUAGUUCAUCUGAAGCAUAUAAAGGCAGAAAAAAACACAGACUAAACUAUCUUUUUACCAAGCCACCCUGCUACAUUUGGUAAUUUUUUAGUGAGGAAUCUGUGAAAUGCCAAAUUUUGGUCAAAUUUCCAAUGUUUUUAUAUAAAAAGGCUGGAGUUUCAGAUGAUUUCAGAUAACUGCCAUUGGAUUAACAUCAAGAGUGUCCAGUAUGUUCAACUGAAUACUGCAUGGACCAGGCCUGCAUGGUGCCUUAAAGCACCAAAUGGACUGUAUCAUCAAAUACACUGACGCCUAGGAUUCCCAUGUGGAAAGGUCCCAGUGUGCCGGUGCCAGCUGACACACUUAUAUGAAGAACACUUGAUAAUUUCACUGUACGUUUGGAUCAAUGCCUUUGAUUUAGCUGAUAACUGAUGACUUUGUGGUUACUGGAUCUGUUUGUUGUGAUUUUGAAAUCCUCUGAACUGUGGAAUCAAACUGUGAUCGGAUUCAUUUUCAUUUUUAUUCCCCCUUAGAGCUUCAAACGUUCUCUGGGAUUACACCUCUGAGUAGCCACACUUCUAUUGAGCUAUAUUUGCACAACCCUGUUAUUUUUUAGGUUAUUCAAUGGUUAGAAGUGGAAGAGGCUAACAAUAUAGACAUUAACAUAUAUGGAUUUUUGAAAGCCCAUACUGAUGCCAUGUUUGAAUUGAACCUGCCAAUAACAGAUAUUUAGUGUGUUUACAUUUGACCCUUUGAAUGACAGAUAACACUGGAGAAGAACAGGGACAUGAAAGGCAGAGUCAGAUGAUCAGACAGGCUUUAAACAAACCUGAGAAAUCAGAUAUACACAGUCAGAUUAAAACUCUACUUGGAGAUCUCCUACCUGAGGAGCUUUGGUCUGAUAUGGGUUUGUCUACUUUCAAAUAUUUCUCUUUUUCUUUCUCCGACUGUGUAGUUGUGUGCUUCCAUGAAUGGCAUGUGUUUUACAGUAAUAAUAUAUCCAUUGCCAAGUGGGGAACAUUAGUAACAAUGGGUCAGGUUUGGGUGUCAGGUCAGGUAUGAUGGAGGAGGGUAUGGGAAGGGUUCUACUUUCAGUUUUAGGCCCAAGCAGUUGUGAACACAGUUUUCAAAUAAGGAAUUAUUGCCAACAAUUUAGAAUGUGGUUUCGAUUCAGCUGCUCCACCAUAGAGAUCCCCACGGUCAAUCAUCUCCAUGAGAUCUGAUGGUUCACAUAUUUCAUUUGGCACUUUAUAGGACUUGUAUGCAGGAUGCCCUUCCUGACGCAACCCUCCCCAUUUAUCUAGGCCUGGGACGGGCAAUUAGAAAUGCACUGGCUUGUGAACAUCCAAUGUUUUGGGAAGUAAACCAACCUGACACUUUAUUCUCUAAAAUACAUAUAUCUCUGGAUCUAAAAGUAUGGGCUGUUUUUUUGAUAGUGACCUACAGUACAGCGAUGGUAGAAAAAAUACGACCUAAAGGCUAUAAUGAGGGCCUUUAGGUCAUGAGCACAGAUAAAGAUUUACUGUAAUAUUACGAUAACUGUCAACCCUGCAGAUGACCACUCUAUCAUGUGAGCCACAGUCAGCUCAAACAACGUGAUUUAGGUCAUCUGGUUAAAGUGUGGGCUUGUUAACAGCCUGUCUGAUCAUUUCAAUGCAAGUUACUUUUGAUCCAAUCCAUAUUCUAACAUCCUGUUAAUGAUUUUAGUGAGUACAAGGUUGAAAUUCCCCGAAAGUAUGAAAAUUAGAAAACAGAAUUAUCCUUCAAUAAUGUCCUCAUUCACAAUCAGGUGUAGCAUUAUCAUCUUUGACGGUCAAAGUCUUCCAAAAACACAGUGUUGAUCAACUCAUUGUCAAAAUGUAUCAUAGUCAGGAGGACACCGAACCCUGUAUGGAUGAAACACUGACUACAUGUUCUUGUGGCACUCAAGCAUGAAUGAUUCUUUGAAUCUCUUUACAGUCUUCUCAUUGUAACCCUAAACUUCCCUCUUACCCACCCUGCCACCCCAAACCUGUCCCCAAACCAUUUACGGAGGCUGUCAAAGGACAACGUUUCUUAAAGACAGCUUGACUUUGCUACAUACUGCCUUUGCCUUCUAUUACAUUUGGCCAGACAAAGAACUUAAAUAUUUAUUUUGUUGCGACUUUAGAGGUGAGCUAGUGUAGAAAGGGAGACGACUAUCAUGCCGAGGAGGACGGGGCUGCCAGAACAAGACAAAGUUGGAUCAUGUUUUUCUCAACCGUGGGCUCAUAUGGGAGAGCAUGCUUUGAUUGCUGCCUUUUUAAUCUGUCCUAAGGGUUUAAGAGCUUUCACCACAGCAAUGGGACAUCUGGGAACAUACCGACCACCUUCACAUUAUUAGAAAACGCCUCGUAUAUGGAUAGUGUCUAGAUCUGAGCGAGCCUGAUUAAUGCUGGAAUACUUGUACAACUUGCAUCUUAAGAUUUGUUUUUUUUUUAAGUCAUUUUAACAUGACAGGGCUACGCAUUUUGUUUGUUUACAUUAUGUACGUUGUGUAUUGUGUUUAAAUGUCUUUUGUGUACUGUAUGACUUGAGUUUUCCGCCCUCUUGAGUGAGUCUUGUACAUAUUACUAUUUAUUUCAUAAGAGGUGUGUGUGUGCGCGUGCGUGUGUGUGUGUGUGAGUGUGUCUUGAGAGAGUGUGACAUGAGGAACUAUUGAAAUGUGUUCAUUGAAAAUGCAGAGCCCAUGUUUUUGUACCUUGUAAUGUUGAUCAAGCAGUUGUCAGUGUGGAUCUUUACACAUCAAUCUGCACCUGAGCGAACCACACAAACACAUCUAGAAUCCUGUCCUCUGCACCGUGCCCUGUCGUAGCGUGAAUGUUUUUGGCCGUUGAUUAACCACAGUCAUGUCUUCUCUGCUCAUGCCAGUGUCAUGCUGCUGUUUUUGUUUGUUUUUACAAAGAAGCUGUAGCAGAGAGGUGUUUCAUAAAGAAGCCUGAGACAAGCAGGCCGUAUUGUGAAAAGCCUGUCUUGAAGGAGCUCAAUAAACUGAACCAGGAUUAAUCUGUUUCAUAAAGCAAACUCGGAGCUGAACGAGACCAGGCUGAACCUAGUCUGAACAGCUUCUUCAUGACUUUGAAACACAGGCCUGAAACAUCGAGCACAGAUCAUGUCGAUGAAGAAAAUGCACAUGUAAAGACAAAACUGUGACGUUCACAGCACAUUUUAAAACAGAUGAUAUAAGGAGGAAA